ACUUUGUACUUUUCUUUCCCAGUCCGGUUCCUCGUUCCGUACAUGUUGUAGUGAUUACUGCUCACCUGAAAGCUAUCACUGUUUGUCUAGAGAAAAACGUUAUCAUCGGCAUUAAAAGAAGCUGUUGGCCAUGAGCUUAGACAGUUUUGCUGGACAACUUGCUGGCGCAGAUCCGCAGCUACAGCAGUUUCUUCAAGCUGAGACCCAGAAACAAAGAUUUCAAGGUCUAGUUCACGGCUUGACUGACCAGUGCUGGGAUAUUUGUAUGGAAAAACCCAGCUCCAGACUAGAUUCUAAGACGGAGCAUUGCAUUUCCAACUGUGUUGAUCGAUUUAUCGAUACAUCUAAUUUUGUAGUGAACCGAUUGGAGAAAACUCAGCAGUUUGCAUCUACAUCAGAACUGGAUGAUUAAGAAUUUGUUUAUCUGAUUGAUUUAGUGAUUGUAGUUGAUUUACCAUAGAUAAUGUUUUCUAAA